UGGUUCGGUUGCCCAAAGGUGUUGGAGGCUCUAAGAAAAUGCUGAAAUCGGGUUGCUUUUUUAUUUUGCUGGCUACUUUGCUGGCUGUUCAAGGGAUUUCUGGGGAAAUUUCCCCUGAAGUGCAAAAUUCAGCUGAUCUGCCCAAAUGCUAUAGCUGUGAGGGCAUAAACUGCUUGAGAACAACCCUACAGAAUGCCACUGUUAGCUGUUCUGAUAAACUGGAUGUCUGCGUCACCAUUUAUGAGGAUUUUGCUGUCAGUGAGAGGGGCUGUUAUGAGCAGAUUUCUUUGGCUGGUCAGGCCAAGUGUGCGGCCAAGGACGAUCAAUGUCAAAAGUGCAGUGGCCAAUUGUGCAAUAAUCAAGGACGCAGGGACUUUAAGUGCAUUCAAUGCAUUGGUUCUGAAUCUGAUGCCUGUAACAAGGGUGCCACCUCCUCACUAACCGCCUCCCAAUGUGGCCUUCCCACCUCGGCCAACUCCUACUGCUAUGUCAAGGUCGUUGGUAAUCAGAAGGAUAACCUACAAAGAGGUUGUGCUCUCUCAGUGAAAGAGCAAAAAUCCUGUCUAGAAGACUCGGAAUGCUCCCUCUGUCUGCCAGACAACUCCAGUGAUUCCGUGGCCUGCAAUAAUUUCGAUUUGGAAUUGGGAUCCAAAUCAGGAGCUGAUCAAAGGCUUUUAAGUCUAGGAAUGGCUUUCCUUGCCUUCCUCCUCCUGAAAUUACUAAAUUAAACUUUAAAAUAAAUAAACAAAAAUAAAAAAUGAA